AUGCCGUUAUAUUGUGUUGCACCUGGAUGUAAAAGCAAGCAGACGAGCGACGAAAAAACAACAAGAAAAUUUUUAGCUCUUCAUAGGUAAGCGUAGAUUUUAUAUUGCGGAAUACACAAGUGCAUUGUUUUUAUAUCGCAAUGCUUUUGUUGUGUAAAUUGCGGUCUAAAUUAAAUGCGUCAAACCGGAAAUUUGUUUGUUGAAUAAUUAUAUAAAAAUUUUAAAAAGCCCGCGUUGCUUGUGUUUUGAUACAAAGAAACAUGGCGGAAAAAUUUCAUGGACACGAUCAUGCGAUACUGACGAGAAAGACGAUUGUAAACAGUAAAAAUAUAAAGUUUUUCAACUACAAAGUCACAUUAUUCACAAAGUGUAAAAUGAUGUUUAAUAUGUCAGGUUUGCUAAAUAUUUGCUGAAUACAAACUAUCAAAACAGUACAAUUAAAGGAUUUUGUGGAUUUACAAAGAAUUGCAAAAGUUUUUCAUGGCCAGGAUGAGGAUAUAAAAACGAUAGCUUGAUGACCGAGGACUUGCAAAAGAUUUGUAAAGUGGAUGUAACUAUAUAGAGUGGUGGUAAACAGCGAACAAUAUUAAGGAACUGUUGCUGUUGUAAAUUUCCUUUAGUUUUUAUACAAAUAUGAAAUAUAGAAAUUAUUUUCAUAUUGUUUUUAAAAAAUCAAUACAGUAUAUACUUUAAAAAAAAUUUUCAAUACAAACACCCAAAUUAGACAUUGUGGUAAAGAUUCGUAGUACGGCAAAAAAGGGCAGUCCGAGUGACCACUUGCAUUUUAAAUGUUAUAUAAUGAAUAUAAUUUUGCCUCUUCCAGGGUACGUAGCUCAGGGGAUAGGAUGUCCCUAGUGCCCGAGAUCAUAUAAACAGCACUUAAGAGAUGACUUUUGCAAACUUUGUUUUCCCAUUAGCUGGUAGAGCAAUGUGCAAAUGUGCCCAUUUAAAAAACUUUAGUUAGUAUCUAAUCUGUUUGAUGCCAGACAUGUUUACUUGUCAGUGGUAGAGUACUGCCAGAAAAUGGGUCAACAAACUUAUGACACUUACACUGCCAAUCAGCCAAUGUCUCUUAUUAACACAUGUAGCUGGCAGUGCACCCAACAGGGCCUCUUUUAACAUAUAGAGGCCCCUGAGAACUACCUGCAGAAGGUGGUCAACCUGCAAUUACGUAUCAAAGUGAGAAAUUGAUGUUAAGUUGUUAACAUUUCUGAGUUUGACCAUCAUGUGCAGGGCUGUAACUAGCUAUGAGUGAACCGAGUCUGUUGACUCAGCAGGCCAGAAUUUGGGGACUGAAAUUUAAACAUCGCCAGAAACCUAAACCAUGAUGACUGAAAUAAUUUGUUCAUGAAACAAGGCAUGGAAUGGCAUUAUAGGACGAUGUUUAGUUUUUCCAAGUAAAGAUACUUCAAAGAGACCACCCUAUCUUGCUCUUCAGUGACACUGAGAAGACAAAUGCGCCGAUUUCAAGUACCCCUUUAGAGGCUCGCGCCUUCUGUGGUCGACUCGGUUGUUUCAGAAUGCUAGUUACGGCCUAAUCUGCUUCCCAGUGAUGUAUACUUAUUAGUUAAACCAUGCAUAUAUGUGCUGGUAGCUGCAGUGAUAGACUUGCUGACUGGAACUUCUUGAGGUCCCCCGCAAAAUAUGUCCCCUCCAGUUACAUAUCCUUAAAAGAGGCCCUGGCACUCUUUGUGCCCUACUUUGUUAUUUACUCUGUCUAACGCUAGACAAUUUUACUUGUCAGUGGUGAAGUACUGCCAGUAUAUUGGUUAAUUAAACAAAUUUAUUUGUGUUGUGUUAAUUAAUAAAAGAUCACACAAAAUUGAUUUUUGCAUUUAUUUAAUUAAUAAUUACAAACUGGUUUGUCAGUUGCUUUUUAACAAAUUACAGUUGUAUAGCAAGGGGUGGGGGGGGAGAGAAAUUUUUAUUGUUUCUGACAUUUAAGAUACAGAAACUUACAGACCAUGUCAAGUCCGUAAUGUAAACAAAUCCUUUUUUUACAUUUUGAACUGCUAUAUUUGUAAAAUAAGACAUACUAACUGAAUAUCUGACACUUUUCUGGUUCACAAUUGUAAAUUUAUAUAAACUAGAGUACGUUUCAAUUCAAAAAAGUUCGAAAGAUGCAAAAUUUGGGCAAUGUUUAUAUCUGUGGGCCGCCAUAGCAGCAUAGCCGCCAUUACAACAUGCAGGCUUUUAGCCAAGGCCAUAAAAGAGGGCGUCCAAUUUUGUAUAAUGAUCAUCUACAGUAAAGAGGGGGGAGAGGAGGGGGGGAUGGGUUAGAGAAAACGUUCCUCUGGAAAACGUUUGAAGUUUACUUUACUUCAUGUCAGUAUCUGUUCCAAGCUCGUUCAAAAUUUUUCAAAACACACUUGGCUGUGUGAGUUUGUGUCGCUAUGCUUCCUUACUUAACUAUGCAUGACACUUUCACUCAGCCAGGUACACAUCAAAUUGAUCAAAAUAUCUAAUGUAUAAUAAUGAAAAUUGAAGCUAUUUUGUUUCAGAUAUAUUAAUAUACUUAGGGAAAUAAUUGAAAAUAAUUUCCCUUUUUCCCCAGAAUUUGGACAUCCAUUUUUCGUUCAACAAUACAACAGCUUGUUGAUUUAACAUUUCAUCAUCUUCUAUUUGGCAAGGAAAGUUGCAUGCUCCUAAAAAGAAAAACUUAUAAUUAACUUGCCAAAUAUGAUACCCUCCUAAAACAUAUGACAUCCUCCUCACUGACACUUUCCAACAUUCUCAAAUUACUUUUGUUUGGACUUUCAUGUAGACUUAAACCACCUAUGUACAGUUGAAAUGCUCUAUUUCAAAAGUAUUUACAGAAAUGUACUGUGAAGAAAUGUGGAGAAAUGUACUGACAUUUUUUUAGAAAUUGUUACAUGACAUUUCUCACUGCAUUUGAAUCACAGUAUAAUAAUUUACAUACACAAUGUAGAUUCCCUCUGAAAGAUGCAGCAUUAACCCAUAAAUGGGAAGACGCAAUGGGAAACAAAGAUGGAAACUGGAAGGCAACACCUUGCAGUCGCCUGUGCAGCAAUCAUUUUCUUCCAAGUGACUACCUGCAUUCAAUAUCAGUACAAAAAUGUAAAAAGUGACCAUGCCUGAAGAAGAAUGCAGUGCCAUCUGCUUUUGGAGACAACAAUCAAGCAUGGAAAUCAAGCAGUCCAAAACGAAGUGCACCUGAUGACUUCACUGUUUCACCCAGAAAAUUAAAAAGAAUUUCAAUAGAAUUCCACAACUAUGCCAAACAUUGGUCUGAGGAACCAACCAUACCUGAAACCAUACCCGAAUCACCUGCAACCAUACCUGGACCACCUGCAACCAUCCCUGAACCACCUGCAACCAUACCUGUCGUCCCACAUUAUAAUCAAAGUGAAACCCCCAAAGAAAAUCAAAAGCUGAAAAAGUUAAAAAUAAAGGUUAGAAAAGAAAAAAACAACCUGAAAAACUCCCAUUCUUGCCAUAAUUAAUUCAGUUGAUUUAUUAUAACAUAUGUAGCUUGAGUCUCAAGUUGUUAUUCUAUAGACUAUCUUUUGUUUUAUGAAGGUGAAAACUCUACAGCAAAAAUUAAGAAGACGGAAUUCAAAAAUUAAGAGCAUGAAACAAAUUAUCAACCAACUUGAAAAGAAGAUGCUUAUUUUAAAGCACGAAGCUGAUUUGAUGCAUAACAAUUUUGAUGGAAUAAAGCUAGCUCUGUUCCAGAAUGUGAUGAAGAAUUCCAAGAGAGCAGCAAAAGGAAGGAGAUACUCCGAUGAAGUGAAAGAAUUUGCUGUAACAUUACAGUAUUACUCUGCGAAAGCCUACACCUACGUAAGGAAAAUACUACCUUUGCCGCACCCCUCCCUUAUUCAGAAAUGGGCACGUUCCAUCAACUGUGAACCUGGUUUUCUUACUGAGGCAUUUGAAACGCUCCAACAAGAAUGUGAGAGUAACAAUGAGAAGAAAGAUUGCUGUUUGGUGAUUGACGCUAUGGCAAGAAAACAAGCAAUCUGGGAUAAAGCCAAGAAGAAGUACACAGGUUUUGUAGACUAUGGAAAUGGUAUACAGCUGGAGCCAACUGAAACACUAGCAUCUGAAGCACUAACAUUUGAACUAGUGGGAUUACGAAGCCACUGGAAAAUACCUAUUGGUUAUUUUUUCACUGACAAGACAACAGCAUCUGUCCAAGCAUCUCUUAUUAAAGCAGCACUCACUAUGGCACAUCAGCAUGGUUUGAAGAUUUGGUGCAUAACAUGCGAUGGGACAACGACAAAUUUGGCAAUGUUUGAGAAUCUCGGGUGUAGUUUUGGCACUUCGUAUGACUCCAUUGUCACCAAGUUUCCCCAUCCAUCAACUGGCGAUGAUGUUUUUGCCAUUUUAGAUGCUUGCCAUAUGCUCAAGCUAGCUCGCAAUUCUUUGGCUUUUCUUGGGUCAUUCCAUGGCUUAUUUCAAGAAAAGAUUGAAUGGAAAUACCUCUGCCACCUACAUGAAGUCCAGCAGUGUGAGGGACUCAAGCUCGCCAACAAGAUCUCCACAGAGCACAUCGAGUUCCAAAGACACAAGAUGAAUGUCAGCCUUGCUGCUCAAACCCUCAGCUCAUCUGUCGCAGAUGCUAUCGAGUUUCUUGAUAAAGUCCUGAAAACGAGUGAAUUUGAAGGGAGUGCAGCAACAGUCAAGUUUAUAAAGAUUGUUGACAGACUAUUUGACACUCUUAACUCAAGAAAUCCUCAUGGGAAAGGGUUUAAACAACCAUUGAAGAAUGUCAACAUUCCACAUUGGGAAAAUACAUUAGAAACAACAGCACAGUACCUGCUUAACCUCAAGUCAAGUUCGGGGCAGCUGCUCAUCACACACAGAAGGAAGACCUUCAUCCUUGGCUUUGUUAUCACCAUAAAGUCAACCAUUGAGAUGGCCAAACAGAUGCUCACCUUGCCUCAAGAUCCCUUCAAGUAUGUUUUAACAUACAAGUAUUCACAAGACCACAUCGAGCUCCUGUUUUCGUGCAUUAGAGCCAAAGGAGGAUGGAAUAACAACCCGAAUGUAUUGCAGUUCAAGGCUGCAGUAAGACGCCUGGUGCUUGGGAAUGCUGUGACUGCAUCGAAAACUGCCAACUGCAAGUUGCUUGAUGACAACUCCAUAAUCCCAUUCUUCCAUGCAAGAAAGAAUGCCACACCAUUAGCCAAGACAGCAAAUGAAGAGGAGGGAAAUGAAGAUUCCUCCACAGAGCAGCAUGAUGAGAGAUUGGAUAGAUUAAUCUCCCAAGUGGACUUCCAAGAGCCUACAGAACUGAAGGCAAACAUAUUAACUUACAUUGCUGGUCUUGUGGUGAAGAAGUUAUUGAAGCAAAUAAAAUGCAUAACAUGUAUUGAAAGUCUAACAAGUGGAUUCAUCUGCACCAACCACUACGAACAUGAUUACAGCCAAGCUCCAUAUCAAGAGAGAUCUCACAUGGCUCUCACACACUUCCUGAAUAAAGGGUCCUUGCAUAUACCCUCAAAGCUGGUUGUUUCCAUCAUCGAAUAUGCAGAAUACCUCUUUGUCCUAUAUGUUUCAAAUGAAACAUUUGACCAAAUUAACAUCAGUGAGAGGCUUAAUGCCAAGAUGGUCUUAGAAGUGUCAAGGUAUUUUGGGCAGGAAAAACCGGAAUUGUUACCUCCCUACCAUCUACCAGCAGCAAUUAACGAAAUGCCAACUGAAGACCACAGAUUGUGUCUGGUCAAGUAUGUUGCAAACACUUAUCUGAACCUAAGGUUGUCAUCUUAUGGCAAGAUAUAUUCUAAGGCAGUCGUUAACUUUG